AUGCUGAUGCCAGUAUAUGACUUGUACCCGCCACGAUACAUUUACCCAGCCAUAUCCCAGUCCUUGGACAAAUCGGCAUCGUCCGACGCCAGCCCGAUUCGACCACACCGAUCGCCGGCCCAAAGCGGCCCCUCCGCCCCGCCUCCGCAUCAAUCAACCCCACCUUCAGGUCCGUACAGCAAACAGCUGACAAGCCAAGCUACCCCAACCGUCAGACCUGACCUUAUCUCUUGCCUUUCCAUUUCCCCUCUUCUCUUCCUUUGA